AUGCGGAACCUGCGCAAUAUCCGCCACAGCGUGGUCAGGGCUCCGUCCGACAUAACGGCAACAUGCUGGGAUGCUGGGAAAGACGAAGUUCUGGUUGCUUGCGGGCCAACCGAGUACGACGCAAGGAUUGAAUUACUCAGAGUUGUGGAAAAUCCAAGUCCUCAGGUCCCAGAGCUACAAUGUGAGAGGAUCGCUGCAUGGGACGCACCCAGCCCAAACCCAGACCUGCUGGUCGACAGGAUAGUGAAUCUGCACUAUUUUGGCGAUACCCAGACAGCCUGUCUUGUCCUUGCUGGCGGUGACAUUGUCAUUGUCAAAGAGGAAGACUUCCCGUCUCCAGAUGGCGUCCAUAUCGAGAUCGUCGGCUCGAUAGAUGCUGGCAUAAAAACAGCUCGGUGGUCACCAGAUGAAGAACUCAUCGUUAUCUCGACUGGUGCAGAUACUCUGGUCUUUAUGAGUCGGGGCUUUGACGCUAUUGCUGAGGCGACGAUGACCUCGGAUGACCUGAAGGCAUCAAAGCACGUUUCUGUUGGCUGGGGAAAGAAAGAAACCCAGUUCCAGGGCAAGGGUGCGAAAGCCCUGCGUGAUCCCACGAUACCGGAGAAAGUCGACGAAGGCGUUCUUAGCGCCAGUGACGAUGGACGAACUACUAUUAGUUGGAGGGGAGAUGGUGCUUAUGUUGCGAUCAACAGUAUCGUGUCUGGGUCACGGAGAGUCAUUCGUGUCUAUACCCGCGAAGGUGUCCUCGACAGUGUAAGUGAGCCAGUGGACGGGCUCGAGGGAAGCCUGAGCUGGAGACCAGCAGGCAACCUCAUGGCCGUGAUUCAGCGGCUCGCGGAUCGUGUGGAUGUCAUCUUCUUUGAGAGAAAUGGCCUUAAACAUGGCCAAUUCACACUGCGAGCCCCUGAAGCACUGAGCGAGAGUAUCACUCUUGAGUGGAACUCAGACUCUACAGUCCUGGCUGUCAUACUUAAAAGUGCUAUUCAACUCUGGACAAUGGGCAACUACCAUUGGUAUUUGAAGCAGGAAAUUUCUCUACAGACGCCAAAGCCGCUCAUAUCUUGGCAUCCGGAGAAGCCUCUUCGUCUAGCCACUGCCGCAUCAGAUGACCUCAUCCAACAAGAAUACGUAUUUACCACUUGUAGGGGCUCGAUGAAGCCGCCUCACGACCAUGGUGCGAUUGCCGUCAUUGACGGCCAGACCGUGAAAGUCACAGCCUUCAGGACUGCCAAUGUACCACCACCAAUGGCGAUGUUUGAGUUGCAGGCCAAGUCAAAUAUCGUGGAUGUUGCUUUCAGCCACGAUAACUCAGCCCUAGCGAUACUACACCAAACCGGCAUUGACCUGUACCAGUGGCAAACCAAAGGGCCGCGUUCUCUAAUCCCAAAAUUGCUCAGUAAAGUUGAUUUCGAGACAUCCGAGGACGCUGUCCUGUCCGGCGGUGUGCUGCGGAUAUCUUUCGCCGGAAAAGGAGAACUAAGUCUGCUUCAUUACAACCAAGACCAGAAGCUAUCCCGAUUCCUUUUUGAGGCUGAUACCCCUGAAUCACUACGAUUUGAGACAGAUAUCGCAACACCUAUCGAGUCGUUAAGGAUGCAAUUCCUGGCCAACGUCGGUCUAUUUCUGGAUCAGCUCCAAGACGUCACAUAUAUUGAUCUCUUCCUAUCAUCUCUCAGAGAGGAAGAUGUGACACAAACCAUGUACAAAAAUACCAAGCCUGCAAAGAAGAUCGAUGCAGGCAUAGUUCUGCCAAAUGGGCAGACCGCUACAGCUGCACCAACGCUUCUGGCAACAACCAAGGUUAACACGAUUUGUGAUGCCGUCCUGAAGUCUCUUCGAACACGGCAAGACACUAAUUUGCAAAAUAUCAUAACCGCGCAUGUUUGCAAAACACCACCAGCUCUUGACGACGGGCUGCUGGUUGUUGCUGAACUCAUGCAAGAAGACGACAGCUUAGCCGAGCGAGCCGUUGAGCACAUCUGUUUCUUGCAAGACGUCAACCGGCUCUAUGACCACGCUUUGGGGCUGUAUAACUUGGAUCUUGCAUUGCUUGUUGCACAGCAAUCGCAGAGGGAUCCAAGAGAGUAUCUCCCCUUCAUUCAGACCCUCCAUCAAAUGUCGGACUUGAGGCGAAGAUUCACCAUUGACGACCAUCUUGGCCGUCGUGAGAAGGCUCUGGCUCAUCUGCAGACUUUGCACGCCUUUGACGAGGUCCAGAACUACACCACCAAGCAUAAUCUAUAUCAAAUAGCCCUCAAGUUGUACCGGUAUGAGCCGGAACAUCACAAGAAUUUGACCGACCUAUAUGCGGCAUAUCUCGAAUCGAGAUCGCAGUUCAGGGAUGCUGGCUUGGCGUACGAGUCCCUCGGCAACUUCGCGAAAGCUACAAGCUGUUAUCGUGCUGCUGGUGCUGGUGCAUGGCACCUCGCCGGCACUCUUGCGGAGGCACUCUAUGAAACAAAAGACUACGCCUCAGCGGCGAGGAUCCAUGACGAGUACCUGUCCUCCACCGAUUCUGCCGUACGUUGUCUCUGCAAAGGCUACCACUUCGCCGACGCCAUGCGCCUGGCCGUCCUGCGCAACCGGCCCGAGCUCCUCGAGUCGACCAUCGACACCGGUCUCGCCGACGCCCUCUCCUCGUCCACGGAGCUGCUCGCGGACUGCAAGGCGCAGCUCCGCGCGCAGGUGCCGCGCAUCGCCGAGCUGCGCAAGAAGGCGGCCGAGGACCCGCUGGCGUUCUACGAGGGCGAGCGGCCCUCCGGGCUCGGCGACGUGCCCGACGACGUCUCCAUCGCCGCCUCGUCGCGCGUCAGCACGAGCGCCAGCCUGUUCACGCGGUACACGGGCAAGUCCGGCAGCGUGGGCACGCUGGGCAGCAACGUCAGCCGCGCGACGAGCAAGAACCGCAAGCGCGAGGAGAAGAAGCGGGCUCGCGGCCGCAAGGGCACCGUCUACGAGGAGGAGUACCUCGUCAACAGCGUGCGGCGGCUGGUGGAGCGCGUGGAGGAGACCAAGGGCGAGGUGGAGAAGCUUGUGUUUGGGCUCAUGAGGAGGGGCAUGGCGGAGCGGGCGAGGGCCAUUGAGGCGUUGAUGGAUGAGAUCGUCGAGGCCUGUCGGGUGGCUAUCAAGGAGGUGUUUGGCAACGGUGAGGAGGAGAAACCUCAAGCUCAGGAAGGGGAGGAUCCGAUAUACCACCCAUCAGGGGCUGAUGCGGUCUUCCAGGAGAGCCUGGAGGCCAGCAGGGUGAAGCAAGCUCCACCAGUGAUCACGGCGUUCAAGAGGUUGUCAUUACUGGGUUGA